GAUGCUCUUAGUAUAAAAUAUACAUUCACUUAAAGUAUAAUAUAUCAGCAAGCGGAAGUAGUCUUUUAGGUGUGUCAAAUAUGGUACAUUUUUGUGUGAAAGAAGAAGACAAAUAUAUAAAAAUGUGAAAACCAUUACAUGCAUCCAGUGCUCUGUUAUCUAUUUGAUACGUCUGACUCUAUUACGUCAUCAACAUGCGCUCUGGUUUAUAACUGGAAACAACGUGAGACUUGUAAACAUUUCACUUUUUCACUUAAGAAUUUUGUGAAAUGGCACCGACUGAUCAAAAAAAGAAAAAUAAGACGUUUACACAGAAAGAUAGCCGCUGGAAUAAAUCAAGAAAUGCUGGAGGUGUUGUCAAAAAGAAGAGAAAAUGGGUCCCUGAGAAUAAACUUUUCGAAGGCAGCAUUAAAGAAGGACAAGGAUUUGCUUUUAAGAGAAAGGAGAAAGUUAGGCAUGAGUACAACAAGAUCCUUCGGAAGGAGAGGAAGAAAAAUCCAGAGUCCAAAACACUGUACAAGGAAGAGUACCCCGAACAUCUCAAGCAUCUAUACAUGGCUGAGGCAGAGAAACUGAAAAACGAGGCGUGGACCAACAGAGUGAACAGGAGUAAGCUCAGAAUGAAAGGACAGAUGAAAAUACCUGACAUGGAUGAUACUGCAUCACAGACUGAUCUACACCCAGAAGGUGCUGGUGGAUCUGAGCAGACAGAUUCUGCCUCUGGGAAUCCUGAACAGACAGAAAAGUCAGAAAAAGGAGGAGAAGAGUUGAGUAGCCUUCCAAUGAGCAACCGCAUGAGGAAGAAGAUGCUGAAGAAGACAUCCUACCAGAAGACAAAAGAGGAAUUUGAGAGAGUCAGAGAAAAACGGAGACAAAAGAAAGAGGAGUACCUCAAGAACAAGCAGCAGAAGGAGGAGGCCAUUCAGAAAUACAAACAGAAAAAGAUGGAGACGUUUCAGAUGCUCAGCAAAAAGACCAAGAAAGGACAGCCUAAUCUGAACCUUCAAAUGGAGUAUUUGCUCCAGAAGAUUCAGAGAACUGACAAAUAACUCUUAAGUUCAGUCAAAUGGUCAUGGGUGAAUGGAGAAAGAAUGGAAAUCCCUGUAUUUAACUCUUGAUAAUACAAACCAGAAUGCAAUUACAUGCGGUGCAUCAAGAUUGUUUUGAUCAUUCUUUUGAGCUUUGUGUGAUACUCUUGGUUGUCAAUGAGAGAUCAGUUUAAUUCGGAUUAUUUCAGGCCACAAGAUGGCACUGUGAGAUCUCAGAGACAGAAGAAUAUCAUGGUUGUAUAGAAUUUAAC